UUCCUGAAGCACCACCUACAGAUGUCACAGCAACUGCUGUUGGCUCAAAGGAAAUCAGAGUUACCUGGAAGCCGCCAGAGGGUAAAAAACAAAAUGGCAAAUUGGAAGGUUAUAAGGCUUUUGUGCAAGAGAAUGGAAAACCUGACAGAGAUGCCGUGGUCAAGACGGUGGCUGGAAACCAGAUAUCAGUGAACGUUGACGGUCUGAAGAUUUGGACUAACUAUAAAGUCUGGGUGUUGGCUUUUACCAGGGUCGGAGAUGGUCCACAUUCGGCUCCAGUGAUCGUCAGAACCGAUGAAGACGUCCCAGGGGAGCCACGGAAGGUCAAAGUGGAAGCCAUCAACUCCACCAGUCUUCUGGUGGAGUGGGAGCCUCCGCAGCAGAAGGAACAGAACGGCAUCAUCCGGGGCUACCAGGUUCACUACAUUGAAGUCAACGGCAACGAAGAGCCGAUGCCUGGAGCCAGGGAGCAGAGCUACGACACACAUGAUCCCACCAAAACUGAAGCCAUCAUCACAGGACUCAAGCCUGACACCCGCUAUGUGGUUCAGGUGGCGGCUUACACCAGAAAGGGGGAUGGCCUCAGGAGCAGGCAGAAGGUGCUCAGUACCAAAGGUGCAGUACCCUCACCCCCAAGGAACCUGCAGGUCGAUCUGGUCCAGAACGACCCACCAACUGUCAGAGUCACUUGGCAGCGACCAGCAGAAAUACACGGAGAUGUCAAAAACUACAAGAUUGUGUGGGGUCCACGUGGGGAGAGAUACGAGGAGAAGAUUUUAAAUGCAGACAUCUAUUCUUAUGUCACCAAUACCUUAGAUAAAGGAACCACAUAUGAGUUCCGUGUGUCAGCCAAGAACCAGGUGGAUUACGGGGAGAGGGCAGUUGUGAGCAUCACCACACCAGAUGGAGCACCAUCUGGGGCGCCACAGAAUUUCACAGCGACCGGGCUGACGGAGACAUCAGUGCGACUUACCUGGGACUUGCCAGCUCGCAACUUCCGCAACGGAGAAAUUAUCAUGUACCAAAUUGCAUAUCACAAACUCUCGGACCCCAUCAACGAGGAGGAUCUGAACUGUACAGAUACAUUUGUAGAUCUUGUUGGUCUGGAAAUGAAUACUGAUUAUAUAUUCAAGAUUAAAGCAUACACAAGUCGUGGGGCUGGACCUUGGAGCAUUAAGCUGCAUUUCAGAACUUUUGGUCGAAUGCCACCUGCUCCAAGCAACGUGAAAGUGCGCCGCACAUCAGACACAACCCUUGAGGUGCGAUGGGAUGAGCCAGAUUACCCAGUGUCCGGCUACAAGGUUUUCUACAACAUGUUUGCUUCACCAGCCAUGUAUGUCUGGCAGCAGAUGGAGACUGGGCCCUACACUGUAGCCGAUAUUACGGGGGUGGAGCCUUACACUAUGUAUGCCAUACGGGUACAAGCAAAGUCUGUGGAUGGGCGUUACGGGAAUUUAUCAGAUGUGGUCACCACACACGUCCAAGAAGUCCACCGUGCUGAUGCUGUCCAGAGAUUCCGAGUGACACAAAGACUGACCACCCUAGUCAAACUGUCCUGGGACAAGCCUCAGAGAGAUGAACUGCUCCACUAUGUGCUGCGAUAUGAAGGUAUGAAGACAUACCGUGAAGACGGUGAGAUCAAGCAGAUCUUCCAGGAACUACAGGAAGUGAAGAUCAACGGCCAGCAGACAACCUACAGCGUCACCAACCUCAAACCAAAGUUGAAGCUGGAGUUUAACAUCAGUGCCGUGUUCAAGAAUGGUGACGAAGGCUGGCCUCAGUCAUUGGUCACUGAAACAUUAAUCGAUGCUCCACCUCGUGUAGAGAAGCCAACAGUGAAGUCAAUCCAAACUGGAACCAUUCUCAUGGAGCUGAAACGAGCAUCUGAGAAAAAUGGGCCCAUUAGUCACUAUCAUAUUGUAGUGGUUCCAUCCAGGUCAGGCAUGGCCAAGAUGCCUUCAGACUACACACUUGAGGAGCUCACCAAGGAUAGAAUGAGUAUCGAUAAACCGGCAUCUCACCCAUACAUUGCUGCAAGGUUCGAAUCUCAGUCCCUGCCGUCCGAGUUUUCUCUGGGCAACAACCAAGAAUAUGGUUCCUUCACCAACAGACCUCUACACGUAGACGAUCGUUACCGUGUUUUUCUUCGAGCUUAUUCUGUCGACCAGCGUCUGUACACAUCUAGUGACUACUCUGAUGAGCUGAGCAUUUCUUCAAACAACGCUGAUUCUACAUUCCAUAUUGGUGGAGGUGUCAGAAACAACAAACAGCAUCCUAGUGGAGCCCACCGUCCAGACCCCAUCGAAGAUGAUCAGGUGAAAGAUUUUGAUGAUGCCAGCGCUUUAUUGACCAUUGUUGCCCCUACCUGCGCUGGAGCCGUCAUCGUCAUCAUCAUGUGCGCCAUCAUUUGUUUCCUAUUCAUGAGGAAAAAGAACAAAGCAAAAGGUGACCCAAUGGAGCCGGAAUCCAAAGCACUGAUGAUCGAACCCCCACUGUAUUCCAUUGACCCUGUGGAGAUGAGGCGACAGCACUAUCAGACACCAGCCAUGAUCAGCCAUCCACCCAUCCCCAUAGAAAGACUGGCAGAGCAUAUUGAUGCCCUCAAAGCCAACGACAACUUCAAGUUUUCCCAGGAGUACGAGAGCAUUGAACCUGGCCAGCAGUUCACCUGGGACAACUCCAACCUGGAGGUCAACAAGCCCAAGAACCGCUAUGCUAAUGUGAUUGCAUACGAUCACUCCAGGGUCAUCCUGCAGCCAAUGGAAGGGGUCCCCGGCAGCGACUACAUUAAUGCCAACUAUAUGGAUGGUUACCGCAAGCAGAAUGCUUACAUAGCCACCCAGGGUCCCCUACCUGAAACGUUCGGUGACUUCUGGAGAAUGGUCUGGGAGCAGAGGUCAGCGACCAUUGUCAUGAUGACCAAGCUGGAGGAGAGGUCACGGAUCAAGUGUGACCAGUACUGGCCACCUCGUGGAGCGGAGACAUAUGGACUGAUGCACGUACAGCUCGUUGAUGUUACUGAACUAGCCACGUACACCAUACGUACCUUCCACAUGUCGAGAUAUGGGUUCUCUGAGAAGCGUGAAGUUCGACAAUUCCAGUUUACUGCCUGGCCUGACCACGGUGUUCCGGAUCACCCCACCCCACUGUUGAUGUUCAUGAGACGGGUCAAGGCCAGCAACCCUCCAGAUGCUGGAUCCAUUAUUGUACACUGCAGUGCUGGAGUUGGCCGAACCGGAGCUUUUAUAGUCAUUGAUGCCAUGCUGGAGCGGAUCAAGCACGAGAUGACCGUCGACAUCUACGGCCACGUCACUUGUCUGCGAGCUCAGAGGAACUACAUGGUCCAGACUGAAGAUCAGUACAUCUUCAUCCAUGAUGCUCUCUUGGAAGCUGUACAAUGUGGCAACACAGAAGUCCCGGCAAGAAAUCUGGCUGCCCACAUACAGAAACUGACCGCACCAGAACCGGGUCAGGCCAUCACAGGCAUGGAGCUGGAGUUCAAGAGAUUGGCUAAUGUCAAGGCCAGCCCUAACAGAUUUGUGAGUGCCAACCUGGCAGUGAACAAGUUCAAGAACCGACUGGUCAACAUUCUGCCAUAUGAAACCACCAGAGUUUGCUUACAACCAAUCCGAGGUGUUGACGGUUCCGACUACAUUAAUGCCAGUUUUAUUGAUGGUUAUCGCUACAAGAAAGCUUACAUAGCAACUCAAGGACCAUUGGCCGAGACCACAGAGGAUUUUUGGAGAAUGUUAUGGGAACACAACUCCACCAUCAUUGUCAUGCUGACCAAGCUGCGAGAGAUGGGAAGGGAGAAAUGUCACCAGUACUGGCCCAGUGAGCGGUCAGCCAGGUAUCAGUACUUUGUGGUGGACCCCAUGACAGAGUACAAUAUGCCACAGUACAUUCUCAGAGAGUUCAAGGUUACAGAUGCCAGGGAUGGUCAGUCUAGAACCAUCAGACAGUUCCAGUUCACUGACUGGCCAGAACAGGGAGUACCAAAAUCAGGGGAAGGAUUCAUUGACUUCAUUGGCCAAGUUCACAAAACCAAAGAGCAGUUUGGUCAGGAGGGACCAAUCUCAGUUCACUGCAGUGCUGGAGUGGGUAGAACAGGUGUGUUUAUCACCUUGAGCAUCGUGCUGGAAAGAAUGAGAUACGAAGGUGUGGUGGACAUGUUUCAGACAGUGAAAAUGUUGCGGACCCAGAGACCUGCUAUGGUACAGACUGAGGACCAGUUCCAGUUUUGCUAUCGAGCUGCCCUAGAGUACCUGGGCUCAUUUGAUCAUUAUGCUAACUAA